GCACCCCACCGGGGGAUCCGGUCCCAGCCUUCACCGGCCGGGACCGCAGGCGCCGCGGCAGGACGGGGAGGCGGGCCAUGGCGUCCUGCGUGGGAAGCCGGACCCUGAGCAAGGAUGAUGUGAACUAUAAGAUGCAUUUCCGGAUGAUCAACGAGCAGCAAGUGGAAGACAUCACCAUAGACUUUUUCUACCGUCCCCACACCAUCACCCUGCUCAGCUUCACCAUCGUCAGCCUCAUGUACUUCGCCUUCACCAGGGAUGACUCUGUUCCAGAAGACAACAUCUGGAGAGGAAUCCUCUCUGUUAUCUUCUUCUUUCUUAUCAUCAGCGUGUUAGCCUUCCCCAAUGGUCCAUUUACUCGACCUCACCCAGCCUUAUGGCGAAUGGUUUUUGGACUCAGUGUGCUCUACUUCCUGUUCCUGGUAUUCCUCCUCUUCCUGAACUUCGAACAGGUUAAAUCCCUCAUGUAUUGGCUAGAUCCCAACCUUCGAUAUGCCACAAGAGAAGCAGAUGUCAUGGAAUAUGCCGUGAACUGCCAUGUGAUCACGUGGGAGCGCAUCAUCAGCCACUUCGAUAUAUUUGCCUUCGGGCAUUUCUGGGGCUGGGCCAUGAAAGCCUUGUUGAUCCGUAGCUAUGGUCUCUGCUGGACAAUCAGUAUCACCUGGGAGCUGACCGAGCUUUUCUUCAUGCAUCUUCUGCCCAAUUUUGCCGAGUGCUGGUGGGACCAAGUUAUUCUGGACAUCCUGCUGUGCAAUGGCGGUGGCAUCUGGCUGGGCAUGGUGGUGUGCCGGUUUUUGGAGAUGAGGACGUACCACUGGGCAAGCUUCAAGGACAUCCAUUCCACCACGGGGAAGAUCAAACGUGCUGUGCUGCAGUUCACACCUGCUCGCUGGACCUAUGUGAGGUGGUUUGAUCCCAAGUCCUCCUUCCAGAGAGUGGCUGGGGUGUACCUUUUCAUGAUCAUCUGGCAGCUGACAGAGUUGAAUACCUUCUUCUUGAAGCACAUCUUUGUGUUCCAGGCCAGCCAUCCCUUAAGCUGGUGUAGAAUUCUCUUCAUUGGUUGCAUCACGGCUCCCACAGUGAGACAAUACUAUGCUUACCUCACCGACACACAGUGCAAACGUGUAGGGACACAGUGCUGGGUGUUUGGGGUCAUUGGUUUUCUGGAAGCUAUCGUUUGCAUAAAAUUUGGACAAGAUCUCUUCUCUAAGACCCAAAUACUCUAUGUUGUACUGUGGCUUCUCUGUGUGGCCUUCACCACGUUCUUGUGCCUGUAUGGCAUGGUUUGGUACGCAGAGCACUGUGGUCAUCGGGAAAAGACCUACUCGGAGUGUGAGGAUGGCACGUACAGCCCAGAGAUCUCCUGGCAUCAUGGAAAAGGUACAAAAGGUUCUGAAGACAGCCCACCCAAGCAUUCAAGCAACAAUGAAAGCCAUUCUUCCAGAAGAAGGAACCGACAUUCCAAGUCUAAAGUCACCAAUGGCGUUGGGAAGAAAUGAAAGACCCUACUUAAUCCCAGAUGUUCCAUAGUGUGCCUACGGCUGCCAGGGAAACAGAACACGUGUGCACAUGCGCAGUGCAAGCAGAAGGAGCGGAGGGAACUCUGGGGCGGGUGGUGAUUUUGAGAAUAUAAGUCUUGUUUCCCAUAGACCUGGUCACAACAGGCAGACCAUUCAUUGCCUGGGGUCCUUUGCCAACUUGGGGUGUCUCCUAACUUCAGCACUUGGCAUGUGGUUGCCAGUAGCAAUACAGUAUAUUGGGAGGACAA